AUGGUUACUGAUGAUGAGCAGAAGGUGCGGUUGGCUACGCAUAUGCUUGCAGAUGAGGCUGAGUAUUGGUGGACUAACACCAAGGGAAGACUUGAGUUGGGCGGUGAGGCUGUGACUUGGGCUAGGUUCAAGGCUGAGUUUCUGAGGAAGUAUUUUCCGGAAGAUUUGAGGACAAGGAAAGAGGUAGAAUUCUUGAAUUUGAAGCAAGAGAACUUGUCUGUGGCGGAGUACGCGGCUAAGUUCGAGGAGCUCUCCAGGUUUUGCCCAUACAUUAAUGCGGAAGAUGCUAUGGUUUCUAAAUGCGUGAAGUUUGAGAGCGGACUUCGACCAGAUAUCUACCAAUACAUGUGUGUUCAGGAGAUCCGAGAGUUUGAUGGCGGGUCACAAGUCUUAUGA